AUGUUAAAGCUACGUGCUCUGAGAGUGAGAAAUGCUCUGGUGCGAGAGUGCAUGGCUGAGUUCUUGGGAACAUUUGUCUUGUUGCUCUUUGGCUGCUCUGCCGCAGCGCAGGUAAAAACAAGCAGAGAGACUAAAGGCCAGUUCCUGUCGGUCAAUAUGGCCUUCUCUGUGGGCGUGAUGUCAGCUAUGUACCUCACCAAGGGCAUCACAGGUGCUCAUCUAAACCCAGCAGUGACUCUGAGUUUCUGUGUGUUGGGCCAGGUGCCCUGGGGACGGCUGGUUCCCUACUGCCUCUCCCAACUGCUGGGGGCUUACGUGGCAUCAGGGCUUGUCUACUUGGUCUACUAUGAUGCUAUAAUGGACUUUAGUGGAGGAGUAUUGACUGUAUAUGGCCCAAAUGAGACAGCAUCUAUAUUUGCCACAUAUCCCUCAGAGUACAUGACUUUGGGCAGAAGUUUCCUUGACCAGGUCGUGGGCACUGGCAUGCUGAUGUUGUGCAUCCUGUGUUUGGGGGAAAAGAGGAAUACCCCAGCUCCCUCAAAGCUGAUUCCUGCUAUAGUGGCAGUUAUCGUCCUGGGGAUCUCCAUGUCAAUGUCAGGUAAUUGUGGUGCUGCAAUAAAUCCUGCUCGGGACCUGGGGCCACGCCUCUUUACGCUGACGGCAGGCUGGGGCACAGAGGUCUUCACGUGUUACAACUACUGGUUUUGGGUACCCCUGGUAGCCCCACCUAUCGGAGGUGUCAUAGGUACUUUCAUGUAUUUGAUCUUCAUCGAGUGGCAACUGCCUGACCCGGACCAGCCUGAAAGCCUCUCCACUCUAUCCACCAUCAGUGACAAAAUCCAGCAGCCCGGCACAACGUGGGACAAUGGAACAGGAUUAAAGACUGCACAUUUCUGA